CCCUAUUUCUCACCUUAUAAAAGUAUCCGUAUCUCACCUAUGGCCGAGACGCAUAAACUUCAGGUAAAAACCAUCAUGAACUGCGCCAAGUAUUUUUUCAAUUUCAAAAAUGUGAUGAAGCUUGAUGAUUUAGUGAAACCUGGUGUUAUCAUCGCGCCACGAUUUCUUUGUAUAAUACAAAAGAUGAGCAACGAACAAUCGACCUCGGCUCCCCGCCCUAACUAUGCGCCCAUGUCCGAAGCGGAGCGCAACAACGAAGGAGCUGUUUGGGUGACCCCUGCAGAAGUUCUUUUUGACGAAGAAGUGUUCAAAGGCAUCAAAAGCAUAAUCGGAGGACACUUUCUUGGCACUUGGGCCACGUACUCGGAUGUUGACCCCAAGGUUCGCGAACUAUGGUGGAACCUGUUCAAGGGUCGCUAUCGUUGGACUCACGCAAACGGUGUCGAUAUUCUUAAAGCCUACAAUGCUAGGAUUUCGACCUGGCUUCGCGCCACUUUUAAACGUGCGCGAAAAAGUUCGAAAAAGCCUAAAUGGGUUUCGGAUGAAGUGUGGUCCAACCUUUGUCGCCACUGGUCUUCUGAUCCGAAAUUCUUGGCCAGAAGUGAAUCCGGUAAGAAAAACCGGAUGUCCGAGAAGGCCUUGGAGAUGCAGUGGCACGGGGGUCGCAAAUCUCAGAAUGCCCAUAAAGAAACUCUUGCUGGUCCUGAGAAGAAGAGGGUUGGUGUUCUCCGGCUCGUCAAGCAUUGCUGGACGAAGCACGGCGAGGAAUCUGAAGCCGAUUUGCCACCCCGCCUCGCUGACUUCGAAACGAAGUACAACGAAUCCGUUGACAGGCAGCGUGCGGCACGAGACUUGACCCAGGAGGACGACCUCGAUUCCGAUGCGGAUGAUGAGGCGGCCAUUGAGGCGGCCGGGGUUUACAAGGGCCGGGUUCCGUGCUUGGGGGCCGAGGGGCAACGGAUUUUGUAUGAUCGAAGCACCGGCGCUUCCUCUUCUCGGUCAAGGCGGGGAGAAGAUCCUCGUAUUGCUGCACUGCAGCGUGAACUGGAGGAGCACGAACGGCGAUGGGAGGAGCAGCGGAAAGCAGAUGAGGCCACAAAAGCCCGGUUGGAGGAGAUGGAACGGUACAUGCGUGCCGGAUUCCAGCCUCCGCAACAGCCUUUUCCUCCCCCGUACGUAUUCCACCCUGAGCAAACUCCUCAAGUUCCGCACAUGGGCGGUAUGGGAUUUUUCCCCAACUCCGGAUACGGUGGCAUGCCUAUGAUCUCCCCGAAUUUCGGAUCUAUGUCCUUUGAUUUUGUGAGGUCAUCCGGAGGAGGUAGUGGUCCACCGAGCCAUGGACCCCGAGGAGGACCCCGAGGAGGAACCCGACCUGACCCCGAAGACCCCCCCGUGAACCCAGAUGAGUUUCUUGUUGAUGAUGAUGAUGAAGAAGAAGAAGAAGAAAAUCCUAAUUUUUUUCAUAAUGGAGUCCCACGAAGGGACAUGUAAUCAUCAUACAUUUAUACUUUGUUGUUUGUCAAAACAUUUAAAAGUUUGUCACAAUAUUUAUUAAGUUUGUUGUAUGUCUU